UCCGCGCGUCACUUCCGGGCGGCGGCGUGCGACGGGAGCGGGAGCGCCGGGAGGGACCGGGAGGGACCGGGGGGGCUCAGCGGGACCGGGGGGGGCCGGGGCCGGGCUCCCGGCAGCGCCGCCAGCGCCAUGUCCUCGGAGGCCGGCAAGAAGCGGAAGCCCAAAGUGAUCCGCACGGACGGCGCCCCGCCGGAGGGCAAGCGCGGCAAGGCGGAGGGCGAGCAGGACGCCCGGUACUACAGCGAGGAGUGCGAGGUGGAUCUCCGCGACCCCAUCAAGGACUACGAGCUGUACAAGGAGACCUGCCAGGAGCUGCAGAGGCUCAUGGCGGAGAUCCAGGAGCUGAAGAGCAGGGGCAUCAAGGAGAACGCCUCCGAGAUAGACGAGCGGCGCGUGCAGAGCUGCGUGCACUUCAUGACCCUGAAGAAGCUCAACCGGCUGGCGCACAUCCGCCUGAAGAAGGGGCGAGACCAGACCCACGAGGCGAAGCAGAAGGUGGACGCCUAUCACCUGCAGCUCCAGAACCUGCUCUACGAGGUGAUGCACCUGCAGAAAGAGAUCACCAAGUGCCUGGAGUUCAAAUCGAAGCACGAGGAGAUCGAGCUGGUCAGCCUGGAGGAGUUCUACAGCGAGGCCCCCACCGAAAUCAGCCGGCCGGACAUCACCCUGACCGAGCCCCACCAGCAGACCCUCGCCCGCCUCGACUGGGAGCUGGAGCAGCGCAAGAGGCUGGCGGAGAGGUACAAGGAGUGCCUGACCAUCAAGGAGAAGAUCCUGAAGGAGAUUGAGGUGAAGAAGGAGUACCUGAGCAGCCUGCAGCCUCGCCUCAACAGCAUCAUGCAGGCCUCCCUGCCCGUCCAGGAGUACCUCUUCAUGCCCUUCGACCAGGCGCACAAGCAGUACGAGACGGCCCGGCACCUGCCGCCGCCCCUCUACGUUCUCUUCGUCCAAGCCAGCGCCUACGGGCAGGCCUGCGACAAGAAGCUCGUCGUGGCCAUCGAAGGCAGCGUGGAGGAAGCCAAAGCCCUGUACAAGCCGCCCGAGGACUCGCAGGAUGAUGAGAGCGACUCUGACGUGGAGGAGGAGCAGACCACGAAGCGGCGCCGGCCCACGCUGGGCGUGCAGCUGGACGACAAGCGCAAGGAGAUGCUCAAGCGGCACCCGCUGUCCGUCACCAUCGACCUCAAGUGUAAAGACGAGAACGUGCUCCACCUGACCUUCUACUACCUGAUGAACCUCAACGUCAUGACGGUGAAGACCAAGGUGACCACUGCCGUCGAGAUGACGACUGCCAUCAGCGCCGGCGACCUGCUCUCCCCGGACUCCCUCCUGAGCUGCCUGUACCCGGGAGACCACGGGAAGAAGACCCCCAACCCCGCCAACCAGUUCCAGUUCGACAAAGUGGGCAUCCUGACCUUGAGCGAUUACGUGACGGAGCUGGGGCACCCCUACGUGUGGGUGCAGAAGCUGGGCGGCCUGCACUUCCCCAAGGAUCAGCCUCAGCACACGGUGGCCGCGGACAACUCGCUGAGCGCCAGCCACAUGGAGCUGACGGUGAAGCUGCUGCGGACGAGGCUGCAGUCCCGCCUGGCUCUCCACAAGCAGUUCGCCUCUCUCGAGCACGGCGUGGUGCCGGUCUCCAGCGAGUGCCAGCAUCUCUUCCCCACCAAGAUCGUCUCGCGCCUGGUGAAGUGGACUGCCAUCCCCUUUGAGGAUUACGCGGAGCUGCCCUACACUAAAGACGUGCUGGAGGCCGGCUUGGCCGAAGACACGCACCUCUAUUACAUGGCCCUGAUAGAAAGGGGCACAGCCAAGCUCCAGGCCGCCGUGGUCCUGAACCCCGGCUACUCCGCGCUGCCGCCCAUCUUCAGCCUCUGCCUGAACUGGAAAGGAGAGCGAACCGGCAACAACGACGACAACAUUCGGGCGAUGGAGAGCGAGGUCAACGUGUGCUACAAGGAGCUGUGGGGGCCCAAACCCGGCUACCAGCUCCUCACCAACCAGCUGCAGCGCCUCUGCAUGGUGCUGGACGUCUACCUGGAGACGGAGCCCCACGACACCAGCGUGGAGGGGCCCAAGGAGUUUCCCCAGGAGAAGAUGUGUCUGCGCCUGGUCAGGGGCCCCAUGCGCUUGAAGCCCUUCAAGUUCAACUACCCUCAGGGCUUCUUCAGCCACCGCUGAGCCCCGCUGUGCUGCUCCGGGACCGGGACUCAUCCUGGCACAGAGAGGAGUGUCCCCGUCCUGCUGUUUGAGUUCCUUUUCUGAGGUUUUUGGGUCUUGUUUUGUAACCGAAAGGAUUAAACGCUGAACCGAAGGAAAA